AUGGAAAACCUAUAUGGUCUCAUUAAUAUACACAAAGAAUAUGAUUUACAAAAAAAAAUAAUCAAACUUAGAAAGGUGUUCAUAAACAUAUAUAACUUUAAAACAUUUUAUGGGGAAAUGUUAAAAUUAAAAAAUAGUUAUCCCAGGCAUAAAAAUAAAAAAGUUGAUAAGCUUUGGAUAGAAUAUAAAAAAGAGUAUUUUAUUAAACAAUAUAAAGACGGCAUUAUUUUUUACGAAUUAAAUAAAAAUCUAUGCUUUUUGGAAAAGGAAAUUAUAAAUAGAUAUUUAUUUAAUUUUAAUAUUUCCAAUUCUAAUUAUAUUGUUCAAAAUGAAGAUGCUUAUUUGUAUUUUUUGUUUUAUCGAUUUUGUAGUAUAUGUAAGAAGAAUUGGGGGAGAAAAACCGUGAUUAAAAAAGAAAAGAAAAAAGGAGACAAAAAAAAAAAAAUAUACAAAGGGAAAGAUUUUUUAAACAACUUUUGGAUCGAUAAAUUUCUCAAAAUUAUAAUUAAAAUCGAUCCAAAUUAUUAUAAAAAAAAUAUUUAUUUUCAGUCCAUAAAGGAUGAAUUAAAAAAAUAUAUAAGUAGUGAAAAAUGUUUGAUGAAAAUUCAAUAUGAAAACCAAAGAAUGGAAAAACCACAUAAUUAUUAUUUUGUGUGUAUGCCAAAUUGUUGUAAAAAAAGACAAAUAGCAAAAGAUCGAAAUAUUUCCAAUUAUAAAAAUGGAAGGCAAUACUACUAUAAGGUCAACUAUCACACACAUAAUAACAUGUCUAUAAACAGAGUAAUAAGUAAGCAAGUUAAUAGUAAUAUUUUAAUAUAUAGUAAUCAUAAAAAAAAAACUUUAAUUAUAGACAUAAAGAAAACAAAAAGGUUAAUUCAAAAAUAUAUUUAUAACGAUUUAUAUUUUAAUGUUAUCCAUUCUAUUUACCAUACUUUGAUUAAUAAAAACGCAGAUUUGAUAACUGAUUAUGUGUAUAAAGCAAUAUUAUUAGACAUAGAAAAUUUAAAAAAUGAGGAGGAAAAGCAUGAUUAUUCGAAAUCUAGCUAUUUAUUGAUAAUUGAUAAGUUAAAAAAGUAUGAACGUGUUCAGAAAAAAAAUAGACAUGAUUUAUAUAAUGAAAAUAUAAUGGAUAAUUUUUUAGUAGUUUUUAAAGCUCUUUUUAUUCCAUUUUUUACCUGUGAAAAAUGUGUGAAUAAUAAAAUAAAGUCUAAUGAUAUAUUUUUAUUCAAUUAUAUAAAAUGUAUAUUAAGAGAAAAUAUAGAAAAUAUGUUUUAUUUAACCAUAGUAAAUAUUAAUAAAAUUUAUGAACACAUGGCAUUUAAAUAUUUAUUCUAUUUGUUCUUUUUAUAUUUUAUUAUGCUAGAUAUAUGUCCAUAUUUUUAUAUUUCACACAUUAUAUUUAAUGACAAAUUAAGGGGUGAUGAAAAACAAAUUUAUAAAUAUUUUUUAAUGAAACACAAGAAAAAAAAGGAGGAAAACAUCUUUCUAGAAAAAAAACAUUGCAGAAAUUCACCAAAUAAUGAUUACAAUGCAAUAGUAGAUAAACCAAUUUAUAUUGUAUGUUUUUUUUGCUCCUAUUAUUUAUUAAAAAAUGAUAAAAAUAUAGAUCUAGAAAUGAAAAAAAAAAUGCUCAUUUUUUUGGUAAUGAACAUUAUCCAGGUGCACUAUACACAAACCGACAAUGAAAUAAGAAUGAUGAACGAAAUGAAUUUGUUGAAUAUGAAAAAGAGACAAUUUUCUUUUCUUUGUUCUUAUUUUGAUAUAUUUAUUAAUCAUUUGUUUUUUUCUGAAAAAUGCAACCUUUCAUUUGCUAAGUUAGGCAAUGUGAAAAGAUGUUAUGAAUACCCCAAGGCACAUAGUUGUUAUUUUAUAAAAAAUAAAAAUAAAAUAAAAAAUAAUUUCAAACAAAAUUUAAAAAAAAUGAACAAAAAAUGUUUAUAUUUAGAUUAUUUUAAUGAAGCAAUAAAUAUGAAAGACGAAAAAAUAACAAAUAACUGCACCGAGGAAGCAAAAAUUGACGGUACAAUAUGUACAUGUUCACCUGAAAAUAAUUUAUAUGAACAUGUGAAUGAAAAGAUAAAAAUAUUUUUGGAUAAUUUCAAAACUUUUUUAUUACAUUUUCUAGACAAAUUAUAUAGAACAAGCAUUAUGCAUAUAAAUUUGUACACUUAUUUAUUUAUGAUACGUUCUUCACUUUUAUUGUCACGUAAAAAUUAUGAGAAUACAAAAGAUAUACAAAAAAUGAGAGAAGAAAAAAUAUGCAAAUACAGUCAAAAAAUUACAAAUAUAGGGAAAAGAGAAAAAUAUAGGGAACGUACUAAAUUUUUAAACACAUUUUAUAGAAAAUUUUAUUUACACACAUAUUACAAAUUAUUAAAUACCAUAUGUAAUGAUGACGCGAAAAAAAAAAUUUUACAAAAAUUCAAGAUAAAAAUUAGUAAGCUAUUUUUUUAUUUAAAGAAAAAUAUAUUUGCAUUUAAUAGGCAAAGUCUUCAAAUAUUAUUUAAAUUGCAAAAUAUAAUAAAUGUUUAUAAACAUAACUAUAUAAGAGAAAAAUAUAUUUCUUUCUCAAAAAAAAAUAUAAUAAAUAAUAUGGAUAAUAUAGGAAAAGAGAGUUAUUAUAUUAUAUAUACCAGGAUUCGAUUAUUUGCUACUCUCUAUUUUUUUUUUUUUAAAAAGGGAAUAAAUAUUAGCUUUGAAAAUAGACAAAAUAAAAUAGACAGAGAGUGUUGGCAUAAUUUAAUAGCCAAUAUAAAUAUAAAAAAUAAUAAAAACGAUUGUAUUUUAGAAAAAUAUAUAAACAUAAUGUAUAAAAAUGUAAAAAUAUUAUUUCCAAAUAUUUAUAUACACAUUAAUAAUAAAGAUUUUUAUAUACAAGCAAAAAAAUAUUUUAUAUUUUUUAAUUUGAAAAAUAAAGAUAAGGAUAAUAAAUCGUGGAAAGAAAAUAUAUAUUACGAAUUUAAUGGAAAAAAAUAUGUCGUUUUCGAAAAUAUGUAUAAUUUAAAAAAAGUGUAUAAAAUAAAAUAUAUUAACCUGUGUAUAUUAUUUCACAGAUAUUGUUUUUUUUUUUAUAAUUAUAACCCCUUAAUUUUUUCAUAUCUGUUCAAACAUAUAUAUUGCAUGUGUAUAGAAUGUGUGCAAAAACAUUUAAUUAUAGGUAAUUCUUGUAUAAAAAAAGAUAAAACCCCAGACAAAAAUUAUCAUGAUUGUUUUUAUAAGCAAAAUGGAAUUUUAAUUAAAAACAGAAACAAUAUAUUUGUACAAAAUUUCUACUAUUUGACAUUAUUCUUGUUAAUAAGAUAUCACACUUUGCUAGGAAAUGCAAGGCAUUCCGGAUUGCAGGGUUGCAUUCCAAAGAGAAUAAUGACCUUAUUGUAUAAGAAGUUGAAAGUAGAAAAAGAAUGCUUUUCAUCCCCAUUUAAUGCAAUUUUACAAAAAUAUUGUUCUUUUUUUCCUGAUAUAGAUAUAUUUUUUGGAAGUACAGGAAAUUUUUUUAAUUUUAAUUUUCAAAAUGGAGUUUAUGAAGUAAAUCCACCAUUUGACAUAUUCCUAAUUAACAAAUUAAUCGUAUAUAUUUUAUACAAUUUGAAAAAGGAGGAAUAUGAACUAACUUUUUUUUUAAUUAUUCCAUUAAUCAAAGAUAAAAAUUAUUUCUACGAGUUAUUAUUUUCUUCUCCUUAUUUGUCGAGUUUCUUUUUAUUAAAAAAUGGUUUGUACACAUUUUCAACCAGAUUGUUUGAGACUAGGGAAGAAGAAUAUAUUUCGACAUGUGAUUGCUUUGUGUUCAUUUUGCAAAACGCAAAAGCAAAGAUUAAAACAGAGAUUGAUCAAAAUACCAUGUUAAAAAUAAAAAAAUCAUGGGAAAAUAUUCAUCAUAUUAAACAAAAAAAUAAAUUAAAUUAG